UCCUUUUAUAAAUUGAAGAUCACCUAUUGGUUGCUGUCAUCAAGAAGAAAGAAAGAAAGAAAAUAGAUCUCCUUUCGAAUGGCUAUACUGAAUCUUUUAAUUAUCCUCUUCCUUCGUACAGCUGCAGCUCAAAAUGAGACCAUGAAAUUACAUAGGUUUUCUCCUGUUCAUGUUGGUGUAGUUCUUGAUCUCAGCACACCACUGGGGAAGAUAAGCAAUACCAGCAUAUCAAUGGCAAUGGAUGAUUUCUAUGAUAUUCAUGAUAACUAUACUACAAAGCUUGUUCUUCACACUAAGGACUGUCAAGAGGAUUUUGUUAAAGCUGUAGCAGCUGCAACAGGUCUACUUGGGACUUCUCAAGUUCAGGCCAUCAUAGGCCCUCAGAAAUCAGAACAGGCAAAGUUCAUGUCAGAACUCGUAAAGAAAACACAGGUCCCUAUCAUUUCAUUCUCAGCCACAAGCCCCUCUUUCACCUCCAUCAGCAACCCUUACUUCAUCCGCACCACACUCAAUGAUUCAGCUCAGGUUGCCGCCAUCGCUGCCAUCAUAAAAGCUUUUGGUUGGCGACAGGCCAUUCCUAUCUCAGAUGACACCGACUAUGGCAGAGACAUCUUGCCUUACUUGUUCGACGCACUCCAACAGACGGGCACUCACAUCCCUUACCACUGUUUAAUAUCACUGCAAGCUACCAAAGAUCAGAUAAUGGAGGAGCUCUUCAAACUACAGACAAUGCAGACGAGGGUGUUCAUUAUCCACAUGAGGGUUUCAGUGGCCUCUCGACUUCUUCUGCUGGCCAAAGAAGCUGGAAUGAUGGAUGAAGGUUUUGUUUGGAUUAUGACUGAUGGAUUGACGAACCUUGCUGAAUCUCUCAGCUCUUCCAUCAUAGACUCCUUGCAGGGAGCAAUUGGUGUGAAGACUUAUGUCCCCAAAUCAAAGAAGAAUGAGAGUUUCGCAGCUCGUUGGAAGAAGAGAUUUCAGCAAGAUCACCCAGAUGACACACCUGCUGAAAUGAACAACUUUGCGCUCUUGGCUUAUGAUACUGUAUGGGCUCUUGCAAUAGCAGCAGAGAAAGCUAGUGUGGGUAAGUCCGACUUUAUUACACCAUAUAGGGAUACAAAAUUACCGAUUUUGGAGUCUUUGGAAGUUUCAAAGAAUGGGCCGAAAUUAGUCGAGGAGAUAUUGAAGUGCAGAUUUGAAGGUGUUACUGGAAAAUUUAAACUCAUAAAUGGUCAGCUACAAUCUUCCACAUUUCAAAUCGUUAAUAUGGUAGGGACAAGAGAAAGAAACCUUGGAUUCUGGGAUCCUAAGACUGGGUUAUCUGAACAGUCGAAGCCAAAAAAUGGCAAGACAUACUCGACCUUGAUGACUGAUUUGAAUCAAGUUGUUUGGCCUGGAGAGUCGGGUUCAGUACCAAAAGGAUGGGACAUUCCUGUAAGUCGGAAGAAACUCAAGAUUUUAGUCCCAAAAAGUUCCUUUCCAGAAUUUGUCAAAGUGGAAAAAAAUGCGAGCAGUAAUAAUACGGAAGUAAGUGGCUUUAGCAUUGAGGUGUUUGAAGCUGCAGUGCGGAACUUGCCGUAUGCUCUUCCAUUAGAGUAUUUUGCUUUUGAGAGUGCUAGCGGUCAGAAUGCAGGAACAUAUGAUGAUCUUAUCAUGCAAGUCUACAAUCAUAAUUAUGAUGGUGCGGUAGGGGACAUAAAUAUCAGAGAAAACAGGUUACAGUACGUAGAUUUCACUUUGCCAUACACAGAAUCAGGGGUGUACAUGAUUGUUCCAUUCAAAAUGGUGCAGAAGAACAUAUGGAUCUUUCUGAAGCCAUGGAGCAAAGAUUUAUGGUUUGGAGCCAUUGCCUUCUUUCUCUACACAGGUUUUGUUGUGUGGGUAAUGGAGCAUAAGGCAAAUCCUGAGUUCAGUGGUUCACGCACGCAUCAACUUGGAACCAUCCUACACUUCUCCUUCUCAACAAUGGUCUAUGCUCAUAGGGAGCAUCUGGAGAAUGUGUUAUCUAAGCUAGUGUUGAUAAUAUGGUUAUUUGUAGUCCUCAUAUUGACAUCUAGCUACACUGCAAGCUUAGCAUCCAUGCUUACAGUACAAAAACUUGAGCCAAGUGUGACUGAUUUCCAUCAACUCAUUAGAAAUGGAGAUAAUGUUGGUACUACUAAUGGCUCUUUUCUGGUUGAUCUCUUAAAAAAGCUUACAUUUGAUGAAAAGAAGGUUAAUGAAUACAACUCUGUGGAAGAAUUUUCUGAAGCUUUGUUAAAGGGAAGUCAGAAUGGUGGAAUCACUGCUAUAUUUGAAGGGCUUCCAUUUGUUCAGCUCAUUAUUAAGCAACAGUGCGCAAAUUUUACAGUAGUUGGCCCAAUUUUCAAGAAUCAAGGGCUCGGUUUUGCAUUUCCAAUAGGUUCACCUCUAGUCCAUGACAUUUCAAGGGCUUUAUUAAAGGUGGUUGAGGGAGAUGAAAUCACUAAUAUUGAGAAUAAAUGGCUUGUAAAUCAAACUUCAUGUCAAAUUCAAGGCAAUACCAUCUCAUCAAACCACCUAGACUUUAAUAGUUUUGGGGGACUCUUUCUCAUCACCGGAACUGUUUCAACAUUUGCUCUCUCUAUAUUCGUUAUCAUAUUUAUACAUAAAAAUUGGCAUAAACUACGAAGCAUUGGUGCAGAAAAUAACAUAUGGAGGAGAUUUGCCACAAGUUUCAAUUGCUAUAACAACAGCAGAAAUCUAACUCUUUCAGCAAAGCCCCCAAACAGAGAAAUAAGUCUCCAAGCUUAGUUGCAGCAUCCUGAUGGAAAGAAGUAUUGGGCUCCUAUUUUGUUAUCGCAACAUAAUGUAUAAUUACUUUUCAUCAUUGUCAAAUUUUUGUACCUUAUCUGCUGUAAAUUUAGAA